AUGAGUGUAGAGGUCCAAAAAAUGGUUGAGCUCUUGGGGUAUAAGGGAGAGAAGAAUCAUGAUGAAUGGGAGUUGCCUACGAAAAAAGUAGAGAACGUGGUAGAAGAAAAAGAUGAGACACCACAACUUGAAGAAACUAUUUUGGAUGAUGUUCUCGAAAAUGGCGAUUUGAAUGUGGUGCUUAGUCAAACAAUUUCUCUACCUCUUGAAAUACAAAAUCACAUUGACUCAGAGACUCUUCCCAAGGAAAUGGCAGUCAAAAGGACUAUAGUGAGUGUCAAUAUUUAUCUUAAGCAAGAUCACGCCUUAGAAGUUACAAUGUCGGUUGGCCGUAAUAUGGAUGUCAUGAACCCUUGUAUCGUGUGUUGUACCAAGGGUAGCUUUGCUGGGUUCUACAAUCACAACAAGCAAGUUUGUCGAGUGCGGAUUGACAGAAAUGAGAAGAAACUCUUAGUUCUAAAUCUUAGUAAGAAUACCCUAGUUGAGGACAAGAAGGAAAUAGAAUGGAAUCAAAAUGGCCAAGCAAAAAGUGAAGUUGGGACCGAAAAACCUCAGGAAAAGCCAAAGGUUGAGGUUGAAAUCAUAAACGCUAAUCCGUUAAUCAUUAAGGCAGUAGAAGUGGGUUCAUUCCCUGCGGAAACCCUAGGCGCGGGUUCAUCGCCUGGGGAAACCCUAGGCGUGGCUCCGGAAACCCUAGGCGCGCCCCUCUGCGGAAAGUCGAUCCCUGGGGAAUCAACUUCGGGUCUUGUAGCGAGUGAGAAGACAGUGAUCCCAGUGGACAUUCCCGACUCUACGCCUCCAAAAGAAGUAACUGAGGAAGAGGAAAAUCGGGACUCUAAACAAGCUGCGACUCAGUUAACUGAAGCUCCGCAGGUUGAGGUUUCUCCUAAAGGGAAUCAAUUCUCUAUUCUUGCGGAUAUUGAUGAAGUGACAAAUGGAUCUGACUUUAGUGAGGAGAAUGUAGAACAAAUCCUGGUUGAGAAGCCAUCGCUUGAGAACAAAUCAGCUCUCGAAAAGCGUGAAACCCUAGCCUUAGCAUCAAUUCUGGAUGCCACACAGUUGGAAAAUAAACAUUCGGAUGACAGCAAUGUAGGCUCUCGAAGUCUGCUUGAGGACAGCGAGGAUGAGUACGUCAACAGUGAUGAUGAACGAUGGUCUGAGGGAGACAGGUUUGAUCUUGAAUCUCCACAACUUGCAGCUGGGAAUGUUUCUGUUCCUAAGAAAAGAGGUCAUAAAUCAAAAAGUGAAAAGGCUAAGUUGCUGCUUCACAUGGUUCCGCGGCGAUCUUCCCGUCUAAACUGA